AGUUACAGGUUAAGUUGAAAGAUGAAAACACUGUUCUUGAUUAGCUUUCUGUUAACGGUAGUGUACGCUGUUUCCCCGAAACAGCAAGGAAGAAUCAGCGAUGGACAGACAGCUUCUGCGCGUGAUUUUCGAUCGGCUGUUGGAAUCCUAAUUUCCGGAACAUCUUCACAUUCUUUCUGCGGAGGAGUUCUUGUUUCUACUAGGUUUAUCCUCACGGCUGCGGCGUGUGUUUCCGGCACAAACACAUUGACGGUAUUGGCCGGUGCCAGCGAUAUGACCGAGAUAGUGGAAGUGAUCCCUGUUUUGAACAUUCCGUCGCAUAUCAUUAUUCAUCCCGAUUACAGUUCGUUCUUCAACCGGAACGAUCUGGCCAUUAUUCAGUUAUCCCGUCCGGCGGAGUUAGGGGAAUAUGUUCAGGUGGCAAACUUGCCAAGGCGGUAUCAUGCUAUUUUCACAUUUAAUGGAUGGAACAGUACGAUCGUAGGUUGGGGCAAUACUGGAAACAGGGAUAAUGAGCCGCUACCCUUGAAUGAAUUGCAGUUUGCUCACGGGUCAGUGAUAUCCAAUACCGUUUGCAGCUUAUCACACAGUUUUAUCGGGGAUGGUCAUAUCUGCACUAGUACAGACGAUGGCGGACCAUGCGACGGCGACGAAGGUGGUCCUAUUUAUGCGGACGUUGAUGGCGAGACGCUUGUUAUUGGCAUUCACUCGUUCCAUUUCUCCGGUAUCCAGGGUUGUGACCGGGGACGGUCGGCGGUAAACACACGUCUAGCCGAAUAUCUGAACUGGAUUGAGGAAAACACUGAUGUUGAAAUUCUGAAUUGAAGCAUAUUUCAGAUAUAAAUGAGUAAAAACUUCUGCAGAUUAGAGCAAAGUUUGCAGUCAAUAAUAAUGAUUUUUGUUUUCAAUCAAUGUAGUUUCUUUUCCACCUUUAUUAACGAAAUGGAAGACAAUCUUUUCUAUUCCAUUCAGGACCUUCAACUCCCUGUUCUAUUCUGAGAUCCGACAUAAUGUUGUACCUACAGAUUUAUGGACUAAUAAAAUACUA